AUGACUCGUGAAGUAAAAGCUAGCAGUCCUGUGGGCUCCGGACUGUUCUUACCCCACAUCGCCCCCGAGGCGUACGACCCAACCCUGCAGAACGCCCAGCAGUACCCGCAGCUGGUCCGCAUCUCCUGGCCAAACAGUGUUUUCAGCAAGACGCUUGUCGACCUGCUAGAGCAUUUCAGUUGGGACCAAAUGAGCGUCUUAGUCUCUGACGAUGACUUCGGCACGUAUGGCUUGUUGGAUUUCCAGCUCCUAGCAGGUCAGAUGGGAUGGCGCAUUCACACCAUACAGUCGUUCGACCCAGCAGAAAAUGUCGCAGACACUGAAGUUCGCACACAGCUGGAAGUCAUCCAAAACACAGGAGCCCGUGUUAUUAUCCUUCACUGUCUGGCAUCUUACGCGGCGGAAGUCUUACGACAAGCCAGCUCCAUGGACAUGACAGGAGAAGGUUGGGCCUGGGUAGUCAGCGACGGGAUAACUGGAUUUCAUCUUUUUGAUACUGACAAUGGGACAGCCAUCGUACCAGAUUACCUUCGAGGUCUGCUGGGGCCGAUUCCUCCUGCUACUAACGGUGCCCGCAGUGCGGAGUUCAUGGCGAAGUGGAAAGCGGCGGACCCCGCGGUGUACCCCGGGGCAGGAGGUGCAGAUAUCGGGCCGUACACGGCGAGAUGGGCAGAUGCGGUCCUGGCUCUCGCACAAGCCUUACGGAACCUCCAGACAGACGGCGUCACGGUGACUCCUCAGCCUCUGGACUGUGCCUGUGAUGGCGGGGAGUCACAGCCAUGGGCAGACGGGCCAACGAUGCUGCAGUAUCUAAAAGAGGCAGGUGUGGAGACAGACGGAGUGACCGGUUAUAUCCGCUUUGACUCGACGGCGGCCCGAUUGGACGCGGAGUAUAAUAUCGUUAAUUUGAAAAGCGAUGGCUGGCAUGAGGUCGGUAGUUGGAACCUGUCCACUGGGCUGAACAUCCACUCCGAUGCAGAUAUAAGAUUCGCGGGUGGGGCGACUGAAGUCGCUCCGUAUGUGUCCGACUUAAAGAACAAAACCCUGCGAGUUGUAACCAUCGCAGCGGACGGCUUUGUGAUGAUUUCAAACACCGAUGAAAACGGGAAGAACGUAACGGGAAACGACAGAUUCACGG